UUUUGAUAACUAAAAUUAUGAAUGGCGUGUGUGUUGUGUACAAGAACUACUUAAAAGUGAAUAUCAAAAAUUAUUGACUAAAUUAUUAACUAAAUAAUUACCAAUUUACCUCAAAUCUCAACUUAAACACUCAACCAUCAAUCUAAUUAAAUUCAUAAUUGUUUAACAUCUCGUUAAAUUCCCUUAAAAUCAAUUGAAAAAUCCAAGUGUUUUUAUAUUACAAGCAGGAGUCAGAGUGUGACAAUUAAAAUCGCGACGACUACGACGACGACAACGGCAGCAACGAAACAGAUAUAUUUCUUUUUGACAAAUGGUCAAUAAAAAUACACAUGAAAAGAAGUAAAAAGAAAAGGAAAGAACAUCUCAAAACGAAAAAAAAAAAAUAAAAUAAUAAAAAAAAAAAAAUUGUAAUAAAGUGAAGAGAAUUUACAUUUCCCCCCAACAAAAGCAAAACUAAUCAACGAAGAAAAAUGCACGCAAUCUUUUGUGCAAUAGUUUGUCGUCCCUAAAAAAAAAAGGAUAUUUCCGAGUUUUCAAGUAGCGAGUUGUUGGAAGAAAAAAAAACACCCCCUCCGCCUCCAUCGCACCAUCUUCACCAUCACACCAAUAAUGUUAAGUCUGCAGCUGACAAGGAUCUGGUUGUGUGCGGGCCAAAUUUCCUUGGCCAGCAAACCAAAUCAGAAAAGAUAAACGGAGCUGCAUAGAAAGCGAACUGAUAGAAGAAGGCAAGACAGGAGUUUAAAAAAAUAACAAUCAUAUAAAAAUAGUUAUCACCGUCUUACUACUUUAGUUUACUUAAUACAACAACAAAUUAUAAAAAAAAAAAAAAAAAAAAAACUAGCAAAAUUUAGAUGAUAUUUGGCAUAGCCCAUAUAAGAAAGCAAUACUGAAUAUAAAAAGAAAAAAUUUUAAAAAAGAUACAAGACAGGAUUAAGCAAGAAAACAUCUUUGGAGAUUUUUAAUUGAUAAAGUGUGUGACGAACACAUAAUAAUCAGCCAUUAUAGAAAAUAGUAUAAAAUAAAAGAACUAAGUUUAAAAUAUAAUGACACACAAUCUCGGAAUGGCUCCAUAUCGACUGCCGGGGCCUGGUAUUUGCCCGCCCGAUUUUAAGCCACCGCCACCCACAGAAUCGCUGAACAUCAUAUCAGCACCAAGUAAUCCGAAGAAACGGCGGAAAACAUCGAAUGCGAAUGCGGCGAACGCAGCCAACGCAAUGCUAUCACAACCCCCGCCCACACCGCAGGACCUGUUGCCACCGCCGCCCAUGAGCGGUUUUGGCGACACAAUUGUAGCAUCGAAUCCCUUCGACGAUAGCCCGCCCAUGAAUAGUCCCUCGUCCAUGAGCCACAUGGCGAUGAAUCACUUUAAUGCAGCAAUGAAUCCCCACAUGCAUCCACAUCACCCGCAUCAUCAUAUGGGUGGGCCAUCAAUGCGUGGCAUGAGUCCGUUGGGAAUGGGAAGUCCAAUGGGUGGUCUAAUGGGUCCUGGUGGUCCGAUGGGUCCUGGAGGUCCAAUGGGUCCAGGCGGGCCAAUGGGUCCCGGAGGUCCAAUGGGUCCCGGUGGUCCAAUGGGGCCUGGUGGUCCGAUGGGACCCGGUGGCCCUGGAAUGCAAUGUGGCGGCCCGAUGCCACCUCAUAUGGGAAAUCGUGGUGGCGGUAUGGGCAGCCCCAUGGGAAUGCGGGACGGAGGAGGAAUGCCACCAGGUGCAUCCAUGGGUGGAAUGAGUCCGAUGAGCAGCAUGGGCCCGAGCAUAUCACCGAUGGGUCCAAUGGGAGGCAUGUCGCCGAUGGGCGGCCCAAAUAAUUCUCACAUGGGAAUGAACUCAUCAAUGGGCCCCAACGGCCCCCGAUCGAUAGGAAGUCCUAUGAGCGGUGGUCCUAUUGGCAGUCCAAUGAACUCGAUACCAAUGGGAUCGCCCAUGGGUAAUGCAAUGGGCAGUCCACUUGGUGCUGGAGGCCACAACGGUCCAAAUCAACCACCUCACAUGAACAACGGUCAGAUGGGUCCACCGAUGCACAGUCCCCUGGGGAAUGGUCCAGCGAAUCACAGUCAUAUGCAAGGAAUGAACAGCGGCGGAGGUGGUGGUGGUGGAAGUGGAGGGGGAGGAGGACCACCACCAAACCAUCCAGCAUCACGAAUGAACGUCCACAAUGGUGCAAUGCCAACAUCCUCGGCGAGUGGACCGAUGCCACCGCAUCAAAUGAAUCAAAUGUCAGCGGCGGGAUGUCCCACGAGCAUGGGAAUGCAACAAUCUGCACCCCUGAUGACUCAGGCGAACAGUAUGAAUGCAGGUGGCCCUGGAAGUGGCGGCGGUGUGGUUAACGUCGGUGGAAUGGGCAGUCAUGUGCAUCGAGCUAGUCCUUUAGGCGGAGGUGGUGGUGGCGGAAUGAAUCCAAUGAAUCACCCAAAUGUUCCUAUGCACCAGUCAGGCGGAAUGAGUGGUGGUCCACCGGGCGGGGGUGGUGGACCACCAGGGCCGCCGCCCGGAAUGAUGAAUCCAAAUAUGCCGAACAUGCCACCUCAUAUGUCGCCACAUAUGGGUCCAGGUGGACCCAAUCACCAUCUGAUGCAUAUGGGCCAUAUGGGAGGACCGGGAGGUCAUCCCGGCAGUCCAGUGAAUGGCCCACCACCGAAUGCAAUGGUUCCGAACUCAAUGUUCGGACCAAAACCGAUGCCAGUGAGUGCGGGCAAAAUGUAUCCGCCUGGAACGCCAAUGGUCUUCAAUCCACAAAAUCCGAACGCUCCACCUAUUUACCCGUGUGGCCUGUGUCACAAGGAGGUCAACGACAACGAUGAAGCUCUAUUCUGUGAAUCUGGUUGUAACUUCUUCUUUCAUAGGACAUGUAGUGGCAUGACGGAAGCUGCAUUCCAAUUAUUAAGUAAGGAAAUCUACGCAGAAUGGUGCUGUGACAAAUGUCUGUCUUCCAAACCGAUCCCAAUGGUCAAGUUCAAAUGUUGAAAUAAUAUCAUUCUCAACAAGAAACAAAUUUGAAAAAAGAAUCAACAACAACAACAAACCCCAACACCACCACCGUAACCACGAUAAAAAUAAACAAUUACACACAUUUGCAUUGUGAGAUAAUCAGAUAGAGCUAAAGCUGAUAUUGGAGUCAAAAAUGGUAAACCGAGUUUUAUUCAGUUGUUUAUACAUACAAAAAAUAAAAAAAAAUAAAAUAAAAUAAAAUAAAACACAAAAACUACGAAUAAUUGUAAAAAAUAAUAAAUAUAUAGAAAUACAUAUAUUUAGAAGUAUGUAAAUGGUUCACCCAAUUGAAAGUCUCCAAUUACAAUAUAUAUAGGACAUUAUUAUUAAAUUUGUGUGUAUAUACAAACCAAUUGAUACCCGUGAUUAAUUUUACUUAAGACUUCAUAAAAAAAAAAACAAAAGUAAAAGUAAAAAAAAGCAUAAAAUAUUAAUGCUCCCACACCAUCACUUAAAUUCUCCCUCUCUAAACAUUAAAUAGAACUCAAAGAUUAUUCGUGUACAUUUUUUGUGGCAGUUUUGAUGUGUGUGUGAACAUUGGGCGAGAAAUAAAAUAAAAUUAAAAAUAUAAAAAGAAAACAUGCAUAUAUACAAAAGAAAAAAAAAACUUAGUAUAAUAAAAAAAAAUACAUUUUAAUAAAAAUAAAAAAAAAAAAAAAAAAACAAAUAAAGUUGUGUGAAUCCGAGAAUGGGCAAAUAAUAAAAUAAAAAAAAGAAAUCAACCAGGACUCUUUUUAAAUGUUAACAUAAAGAAAUAAAAAAAAUAUUAAAAUCAGUAUAGAUUUUAACUAAGUUAUUUAUAAAUAAAACUAAAAACAAAACAAAAAAAAUAUAUAUAUAUAUCCCUUGAUAAUAAAACAAAAGAAAACACACGAAAAAAAUAAAUAGGAACAAUUCGUUUAUUUCCAAAUUUUUUUUUUAAUAAUUUUUUUUUGUGUAUUUGAUCAUUUUUCUGCAGCCUUUUUGAUCUCAUUCUAAACAAAAUUUCACCUUAAAUAUACAAGAUUUGAUAGUGUUUGUUGUUCUUGUUAACAAUAAAUGCUUAUGUGCUAGGAACCAGCUAUUCGCAAUAUCAUAUCUUAGAUAUUCAAUUUUCUAACCAGCCAUUUCCAUAUGUACACCACGGCUUUUCCUUAAGAUAUGAUCGAAACUUUCGAUUGCAAACUUAAUAAAUCCUUUGGCUUAUCAGAAUAAAGCUGAUCAUCUUAUAUCUUCCGAUGUAAAGCACUUUUCUGCAUACAGCUUUAUCAAUGUUAAAGACAUCUUUCUGGCAGGCUUUUGAACCUGUUUUCAGAGCAAGGGAUGGGACACUUUUGUGUAAGACUUAACGCAAAAUCAUUAUUUAACCAAAAUGGGGCCCGCACAUUAUUGGCUUAUUUCGAUGUCGUGUCAUAAACUUUCUUACUUUGUUUGUUGAAAACUUAUUUAAGAUGAAUAAAAUUCUCAUUCGUAAAUAGUAUUUUUAUCCUUAUUUCUCGCGUGCAACUGUUACCGCAGGAAGCUUUAAUAUAGCGUUUUGAGAUUGCAUAAGUAGUUUUGCAAAAAUAAAAUAUAACAUUGAUGUGAUUCGACGUCAUAUGUACCCAAAAAUGCGUUUUUGACCUAUUAAUAUUCAAGUAUUUCAAAAACGUGACGUUCCAAUGAAAUUUUGACUUUGGAAUCGAACUCAACACACAAAAUAGGGUUUGGUUGAAGACCUAUUUUUGUUGCCGACCAGUGUAAUUUAAACCAGACUGGUUAAAAAUAUAAAAGUUUUGUUGGAUUAGAAAAAAAUAUAGAAAUAACAGUGCACAGUGAGAUACGUUUAUUGGCUGUUCACUAAAUCAUUUUGAGGUUUGACAUCCCUAACUAUUAUAACUCCUUUCUGUGCUUUCUUAUUUGAAAAGGAAAUCAAUAGAUACAACGGAUUGGCAGAGUAGCAAAUAAAAAAAAUAACUAAAAAUGUUUUCAAAAUUUCUCAAAGUGAACGAAUUUCAAAAGCUCAUUUCGGAACCGGAGUUUUGUAGUAUCGGAAAUAAAUUGAUAUUUAAUUUGAUUUUUUGGCAAUUGUUUCGGUUGGAAUACGAAAUUUUGAGCGAUUCCCUUGGAAAUUUGGUUAUAUUUAUUUAUUUACAAACUAUCUUAUAUGUAUAUAAAAAAAUACACCUAAGUAAAUAUAAAAUGCCAAAAUUCACUACAUCCAUCUGCAAUGAUGAUUAAAUUUUUUUUGCGUGAGUUAAAAUUCGUCCUUUUUGUGUUAGCUUUAUUAUUAUAUUUUAAAGACAAAAAAAAAUAAACUGUGUGUGUUUAAAUUUUUUUUAUUAAUCAAAUUCCGUUUU